GGAGUACUCCCCGGCUGGCAGGGGAGGUUUUAGCUCAUUCGAUUUUUUUCUUUUCUUAUCUCUUCGCCACGACGCGCGGCGCCUCGUUUCCUCACGAUUUUUACUUUGCACGGCCGGUCAUAUUUCGGCCUGUUCCGGGAUCGUUACACUCUUCCCCCCGUCGACCUGUAACUGCGUGGAGCGCGCUCUAGCGCAGGUGAUCUUGGAGCUUCGCGCGUCAAUGCGACUAUCUUGAGGAGUUCUUUCUGCGGUAUCCACUGCGAAGAUGUCCGCGCAGUGUGCCACUUGCGCCGACUACGAGCUGGAGAGGCCCAAGUUCGUCCGACUGACUCAGCUGUCAAGGCAAGCAGUGAGAGACUAUGAGGACCUGCGAUCGUGCUAUGAAGAGCUGAAGCAGCAUUACGAAGAGCAGCAGAGGCUGGCCAAGAAGUACCGCAAUGAGAAUGCCUCACUGCAGCUUAAAGUACAGGAGCAGCAGGAAACACUCAACAGACUGCAAAAUGCCUCGGAAGCUGUGUGUGAGGAGUACGGAAUGCUCAGGAGCCGCUACAAUGCUGAGACGAAGGCUGCCUCCAAGGUGCUCAAAAAGGCCUCUCAGUGGUACCUGGAGAACCAGGACCUGCGGCGCACGUCCCAGAUUCUCUGGGAGAAGGUGGCUGCAUCGGGUGAGGACCUGUCCAGCCUGCCGGUUCCUGCACUCUCGGCGGCAUCGUCGACGUCAUCCGACCUAACGAGCAAUGGCACCACCGCUCACGACGAGGAGACCGAGCAGCUCAGGCAGACUGUCGCGGAUCUGAGGCUCGGAGUGACCUGCCUCAAGGGCGAGCUGGAACGGAGCGAAAGCGGUGCCCGUGACCUGGCUGCCAAGAAUGAGCGGCUCUUGGCCGAGUUGGAGUCGGAGCGGACCGAGCGCAGUCGUUGCCAGAAGCGGCUGGCUGAGAUGGAAGAUGGCAUGGGCCGUCUUAACAGGGUGUCAGUGCUGGCUGCCCGAGAAUACUUCGAGUUGCGCAAGAAGUUUGAAGACGAGUCCGAACGGAACCGAGUGCACGAGAAGGAGGCUGCCAGGCUGAAAGGAGAGCGCAAUGCGGCAGUGCGUCAGAGUGCCUUCCUCGUGGGCCAAAUGGUGCCGGAGGCAAGGCUGCUGGCAGCGCUGGACCAGGUCAAGGCUGUUGAGCUGCAGGCAGCUGCAGCCAAGGCUGAGCACGAGGCUGAGGUUCGGGCACUGCGCGAGCAGCUGGAAUCGCAGAGUGCCCCAGGGGAGACGGUGGAGGAACUGAAGCAGUGCCUGGGCGAAUCUGAGCAGAAGCUGUACGAGUCCCAGAAGAGGGUGCAGCAGCUUGAGGAGAGGGUGCGAGAGCUCAUUGUGGAACUGGACCAGAAGGCCUCUGCACCCACUGUCACCAGCGUGCCACCACCUCCUCCACCCCCACCACCACCACCACCACCACCCGUGCCGUUCAACCCACUCAGGUCUCUCAUGGCACUCAUUGCCAGCAGCAGAAAGACAGCUGCACCAGCUGCAGCCAGUGCAAAAGCAAUAGGAAAAACACCAAGACUUGCAAAUGGACUGCUCAACAAGGUUGCCUAG